CAGCCUCGAGCUACAAAAACAGUGAUAGCGCGUUAAGUUGAGACAAAGUCCAACAGUUUUUCAGCUCGAAGCUCUCAGAGCUGUUUUCAGUGAGCUGCUUCUGCUUGUUGAAGCAUGACUGAGACAGAGUUAUACACGCUGUACAAAGGCGUCUAUGUGCCUUCAAGUCUCCAUCCGCCCGAGAGCCUCAGGUACUACGAGGAGUUUACAUUUCGUCCGGAUGACAUCCUUAUUGUAACGUACCCCAAGUCUGGUACGACAUGGAUGCAGGAGAUUCUCCCUCUGAUCAUCAGCGGAGGGGAUCCGGCCUCCGUAGAGACUCUUCACAACUGGGACCGUGUUCCAUGGCUGGAGGAGAAUCGAGCCCGCACCCUCAACCUUGAAAAGAGGCCGUCUCCACGCAUGUUUACAACUCACUUCCACUACAGCAUGAUGCCGCCAUCCUUCUUUGAAGUUAAACCAAAGGUCAUCUAUGUCAUGAGGAACCCCAAAGAUGUGUUUACGUCUGCUUUUCACUAUUUCGGGUCAACUUCGUUCCUGGUGAAACCAGGCCCACAGAGCGAAUUCCUCCAGAAGUUCCUAGAUGGAGAAGUUAUAUUUGGUUCCUGGUUUGACCAUGUAAAGGGUUGGCUCAAUGCUAAAGAUAAAGAGUCCAUCAUGUACAUCUCCUAUGAAGAACUUUUAAAGGACCUGAAGGACUCUGUGACCAGAAUCGCUCAGUUCAUGGAGAAAUCUCUGGAUACUGAAGCAAUAGAGAAGAUAGCAGACCGAUGCUUGUUCAAGAACAUGAAGAAAAACAGCAUGUCAAACUACUCGGCUGUUCCUAAAGAAUUCAUGGACCAGAGCAAGUCUGAAUUCCUCAGGAAAGGAAUUGCUGGAGACUGGAAGAAUCAGCUAACAGAGGCAGAAGCAGAAUGCUUUGAUGCUGUUUACAAAGACAAAAUGAAAGAUGUCAAAUAUAAAUUUGUUUGGGAUUAAAAGACUAAAUGAAAGUCAUUUCAUCAUAGAAUUAGAGAAACAAAGUAGAGCAUUAAAUGGUUUGUUGAUAUGUAUUCAUGAGGUAAUUUUGUAGUUAUCAACAUAAAACUGGUAACAGCAUUCUGAUUGGUGCAAAACCAAAAUCAGCUCUGUUUAAGUGAAACCCUGGUGGAGUGAGGGGGUUGUCAGGGUCGGCGCACUUCAGUGGUGAUGUUGAAAGAGCCCGCGAAAUAAUUUUCCACUAGGCUAGAGAACUGUGAAACUUAUAAUAUCCAAUGUCACUGAAUGAGAGUGACGAUAGGACCAGUAAAAUGUAACAUGUAUUUGUUUAUUCUAUGCCAUUUUGUUUUCUGCUUCCAAACUUUCAAAUGAUGUACUUUUAACUCAAUACCAUUUAUAUUAACUCUUAAGUUGCUUAUUCUGCAGAUUUUAAAGCAUAAAAUGUGAUAAAAAAGCUAUAUUGUUACAGAUAAAGCUACCCCCUCAUGCACAAGUAAUUAAAAGCAUGUGAUAUAAACAUUCAAAAAUUAUGAUCUAGUAAUAUAGUGCAUAUAUUCUGCAUAAUUAAAGUAUAUUCUAAUGCUCAAACAUUUGUUCCAUUACUUAACCUCCUAAGACCUGAACUCUUCCACGGCAUGCAUUUUUAAUUUCUCUUUGAUAUUUGGUCACAUUGGGGCCUGAUGAAUGUAAAAACAAAGAAUUACCAGAUUUUUUUUUUAACCUUAAUUUUGUUUUUAAGAAAAAUAAGAGCCACAUAUGAGGAUAUUUGUUUAAAAUUUUGAUAGAACAGUAGCAGUAUAAUGUCCUCGUAAGUGGAUAUCAGGCCCUUGUAGAGCAAAACUGAGUAUUUUGAUCUAAAUAACCCAAAAUGUGAUGUCAGGUCCUAGGAGGUUAAGUAGAUUUAUGCCUUUAUUCAAUAUGAAACAGUUUUUACAUUUGGGUGCAAUGCAACUUUACAUAUAAUACUUUUGCAUCCACACACAGGUCUGCACAAGUAUGCAAGUUUUCCUGUGCUGUGUGUUUUUCUGGUCAAAUGCUCCGAAGCAUCGCAAGGAGUUAUGCUACCCUCUGUAGCUCAGAUCAUACAUCCUGUUGUCUGUUAAAGUGUUCAUUGUGCCAGAUUAAAGCCCUAAAAUCUUGCCUAAGUCAUGUUUGCUAAAUGUUACUACAUGUACAAUAUUGUUAGAAAGAAGGUACAAGCUAGCAGUGUAUGGGACAUCAAUGAUAAAGUGGUGUAAAUCAUAAUUCAGUUCAAUGCAAUUUUACAUCACCAGUCAUCUGAAGGCACUUUAGAUUAUAAGGUAAAGAUCAUUCAGUAUAAGACAGAAAACAGCAACAAUCAGAAUAUCCCUUAUGAAAAAGCCCUUGGAGAGAGUGGGAAGGAAGAACUCUAUUUCAGCAUGAAAAUACAUCUUGCAGAACCGGACUCAGUCAUCUGCCAUGACAGGCUGUGAAGUGACCAUAAAGACACAGAGUAAAACACAAAAUGUAUGAGAAGAUAAAACCAGUGACGGUUAAUGGUGUCAUACUGAUUAUCGCAAGACACUUCACCCGUUGCCUACUGGUGGUGGUCAGAGGGACCGGUGGCGCCAGUGUCCGGCAGCCUCGCCUCUGUCAGUGCGCCCCAGGGUGGCUGUGGCUACAACGUAGCUUGCCAUCACCAGUGUGUGAAUGUGAAUGUGUGUGUGAAUGGGUGGAUGACUGGAUAUGUAAAGCGCUUUGGGGUCCUUAGGGACUAGUAAAGCGCUAUAUAAAUACAGGCCAUUUACCAUUUACCAUCAUGUUUGCUUUCACAGCAGUGGGAUUGCUCAGCCUCACAGAAAAGAUGGUACUGUCAAGAAAGAAUUAGCAGACCCAAAAUGAUCUGCUUCUUUAGCUUGCUAUUUAAUCUUCAGUAGCAAGCUACAAACCUUAACUAAGCAAACAUUAUGAAGUCAUUCUGGCUCAUAAACCAGUAAAAUGGUUUAGGCAGGGUUUUCUUGUGUGGUUCUGAACAGACAGCCUUUGAAAGGUCAUGUUGUAAAAGCUGGCAGUAACUGAACGCAAGAUUGUUCCAUAAUUGUUUGUAGUUGUUUGAAUCACUACUGCAAAUCCUUUUUUCUAAUAACUAAGUGCAGGGUGGAGUUUAGAGGGAAAUCUUUAUCUGUAAAAUUCUUUCUUUGUCAGAACAUGAACUCUUUUGCUCUUUCACGUGGGUGCAUAGGGAAAGAAUUUACUAAAACUAAUCAUAAGUAACGAUUAUGGAAUGCCUCUUUCCCCCCCAUAGUUUCCACCGCUUUUCUUUUCUUGUUUCAAAUGUUCCUGGACACAUUAACAGUUUGCAAUCUUUGUAAAUACGUAACUAUUUAAUGACUUAAUUUUUUCUGUUUUCGUUUACUCACACUGGCAAAAUCUUUCCUCUGCUCCACUUAAAGUCAGAGGAAAACUACUGUGCUUUGUCCUGCAGUAAACAGUCCUUUUGCUACUUUGCAAAGAACUGGUAUUCCAACCUUUCCUGAGGUUUUCUUUUUAGUCAAAUAUUUCCACAGUUUAAAUAUUAAGAUAUACUCCCAUAUGUGCUUUUUGACUGCAUAACUUGAACUUAAUUUUCAUUCACAGAUUCUUUAAGAUUAGGUUAGCAUAGUCAAAAAUGAUAAACAAUGAACAAACUCGCAUGUGUAGUGCUACAUAAACUCAACAUUUCAUUGUUGUUUCUGUUUAGCUGUCGAAUUAUAAAUAAUGUCCCACUGCGAAAGGACGCGUGCUGUUGACCUUCUGGAAUUCAGAUGGAGACAGUUUGAAAUUCUACUUUCUUUAUAAAUUAAGCAGAACAUCACCCUGCACUCGCUCUUUUAAAAUGGGGAUAUUCAUCAACCAAGCAGCUCACUUCAGUAACGGUGUGCGAUUUUUGACAAUCUAACAUGAAGAUAAAUCAAACGCAAACCUUUCUUUACAGUCUUUAUGAAUGGAUCUUUACAUCCAUAAAGACUGUGAACAGUCUCUACAGUUGUCCAAUUAGCCCCUCAUUCUGUGUCACACCAGUUAUUACAGUGUAAUGUAUGGGAGGGUUUGAGUUCAUAACACCUUGGAUUGGAGUAUGUUGUAACCUAUGCAUAUGUGUCCCUGAUGACACAUCCUGCUUGCGUUUCAGGGUGACACCGAUGUGGUUUCCAUUUCCCAAAAAUGCAGUGAGUGUUGUCAGAAGUGUAGAAGACUUAAAGUGUUUGAUUUGUUUCAAUCUAACAUUUUAAAACAUUAGCGAUUUCUUGGUGCCCCAUUGUAAAAUAAGUUUUCCACUGUUAAGACUUUGUAUUAGCCAACAGUACACAAACUUAACUGAGUUAGAGCAGCUUUUCUUUUAAUUUAUUGCUUUAUCUUAUAAUAAUACAAUUAUAAGCAAUUCAUAUAUUUUUCCAUUCGUUUUUUUCCCCAAAAAAAUUGGCAUUCGGUUGUGGAAAUACUUAAGCAUUCUUGAGUUGUGUAAAAUUGAGCCAGAAAUCAUUGUAGGACUGAGCAGAAGAUCAGCUGUGCCAUCCCUUUAUGAUUUCAGUAUUUUACUGAAUAAUUGUUCAAACAACGAAAUGGUCACAAAUUAGGGCACAAACAGAUUUUAUUUAAUUAAAAAAUGAGGGAAGUCAGAUCCCUCUUCUGUGGAACCAGGUCCCACUUUUGAUUCAGGAGACGGGCACCCUCUCUCGAUCUUCAAAAAAAGGCUUAAAACUUUCCUUUUUGCUAAAGCAUAUAUUUAGGGCUGGAUCUGGUGACACUGAAGCUCCCCCUGCUGGGGACAUCAAGAAGCACUGUGUUUCUUCUUCACUCACCUUUUUCACUCACUAUGUGUUUAUAGAGCAGUCUGUGUUUAAUCAUUAGUUAUUAUUCAUCUCUGGCUCUCUUCCACUCUAUUAUAUUAUGGCUGCCCCUCCCUGAGUGUCCCAGAGGCUUUUUUUUCUAAAGGGGAGUUUUUCCUACCCACCACUGCCAAGGGCUUGCUCAUGAGGUGUUGUUUGAUUGUUGGAGUCUGUUAUUGUCUAUUAUUGUCUAUUAUUGUCUAUUAUUGUACGGUGUUAAACUUGCAAUAAAAGUUGCCU